UGCUUUGACUUUGACAUGGCUUUGUCUCUCCCAUGCCACAGGGUGACUAAAGAAGUGGAUGCUGCCUCAAAAGAAGCCAAAUCCUUUCUGAAGCAGCAAGAGAAGGAGAAACCGCAGCUAGUGGCUCCUACUUCCCUUCCGACAGUCUCUGGGGUGAAGAGGUCAAGUGGCAUGAGCUGCCUCCUGGGAAAGAUUGGCUCCAAAAAGCAGAAGAUGAGCACGCUGGAGAAAUCCAAACUGGACUGGGAGAACUUCAAGGAGGAGGAGGGGAUCGGGGAAGAUCUGGCCAUCUUCAACCGAGGGAAAGAAGGGUAUGUCGACAGGAAAGCAUUUCUGGAGCGUGUCGAUCACAGGCAGUUUGAAAUCGAGCGUGACAUCAGACUGAGCAAGACCAAGCCGUGAGACUGGCACGAGGGCAUCCCGCUCCUCCCUGCAUGUCCAAGAACCGGCCAGUGGCUGGCAGCUGCUGAAAACAAGACGCAGAAACAGUUUUUCUCUCCAAGACUCAACCUGUACGUCCUGCGGGGUUUUUCCUUUUACUGUAAAGGCAGGGAGGGGGUUUGUCAGCAGGUGAGGGCACUUUGGGGGUAGUAUUGCCUAGCCGAUGGCAGUAGCAUAUCUCUCUACUGGCAUGAUCCCAAUGGGCAGUGUCCCUCUCCCAGCCCCUUAUGCUGCUGGCAGUGAGAGGAAUCAGAUGGAGCAGGCAUGGGCUGCCGGAGCUGCCCACUUCCUGCCUAAAGAUAAGGCCUUGCCCUGCCUGUGGGUGGUCUCAGGGCACCAGCGCCCGGCAGCCUGGGAAAGCGGACGAGGGGAUCAAGGUUCACCCCACGCGCUGAGCACAAACUGGACUCCUGCUGACGUCCCAGCAGUUUUGCUGACAAAGCCUCUUUUUGAGGGUGCUCCGGGCUGUGGAAUUCGGACUGUAGCCCUUCGCUCCACUCUUCCUGUGGACCCAGCUGGGUCCCAGCCCCUCCGUGCUGGGCCUUCCCCCACACGACUGACUCGUCUGGGUGUUUUUGUGAUUUUAUUUUUUUUAUACAAGAAAACCUCCCUCUGUCUGGUUUCCAUUCAGUCUCCCCAGGAAGGUGAGAGCAACAGCAGGCGGCAGGUGGGGGAGGGCUCACAUCCAGCCGGUCAUACUAAUAAAGGAGUCAAUCCCUGCA